AUGUCUGGUGGCAAAGGUGGCAAGGCCGGUGACUCGUCCAGCAAGUCUACCUCGCGUUCGGCAAAGGCCGGUCUCCAGUUCCCAGUCGGUCGUAUCCACCGUCUCCUCCGCAAGGGCAACUACGCACAGCGUGUCGGUGCCGGUGCCCCAGUCUACCUCGCCGCCGUCCUCGAGUAUCUCGCAGCUGAGAUUCUUGAGCUCGCUGGCAACGCCGCCCGUGAUAACAAGAAGUCAAGGAUUAUCCCCCGUCACUUGCAGCUCGCCAUCCGCAACGAUGAGGAGCUAAACAAGCUGCUUGGUGGCGUUACCAUUAGCCAAGGUGGUGUUCUGCCAUUCAUCAACUCGGAGCUUCUGCCGGCCAAGUCUGGCAAGUCCAAGAAGGCC